AUUUGUCAGAAACUUCAUAGGCACUUGACCAAAGAUGACUGGAAUGAUAUAUUCCGCAGGUAUGCUUUACGCAUCCGUCACCUCAGUCUUGCCACCCAGGACGUCCGCCGCGGAAAAAAAUUGAUGGUUGAUAUUGACGAUGAAUUAUAUUACUCGCUUGUCUCGCCUCCAUAAUGGAUGCCACUCAGCCGCUCCUGCCAAAUCUCACGCCCCUCGAGUGGAUUAUCUAUGACGAGAGAGACUUGAGGCUGAUCCGUCGAAUCAUGACCACUGCCAGUGAGUCUCUCACGUCCUUAUUCCUUGAAGUCUGGGCCAUCUCACCAGUGGCUGACCUGCUACAGUUCAUCUCCUCGAUCAUUGCUCCUACGUGCCCCUCUUUGCGAAAAUUGACCGUGCAUUCAGUGGCCCUAUCAAGUCAUCUUCGCCACUCCGUUUCUGAAAAAUUUUGCCAUCUGCAUCAUCUCACUACAAUUCACUGUGGAAACCUCGAUGCCGAGGUUCUGAACCAUCUAUCACGUCUGCCAUCUUUACUAGAGCUUAAACUUGCUCUCCAACCAAAUGUCCAAUUCCAGAACGAGCUUUUAUUUGAGCAGCUUCGAGUACUUGACAUGCAUGCACAAGAUAUCCCAUCCGCUGUUGACCGACCUCGAGCAUCUGUCUUGGCACAAUUAUUUUGUUGCCUCUCCACUUCCGUCAGUCACUACUCGCUUCGCCGCCUCCAAAUUAUGGUUGCAGAACGUCCUUCACAUGACUUAUUCUCUGUUUUAAAGCUGGAAGACCUCCACCCGCUUCUGUCACUCAACCGAUCGACGCACGUACAUCUUGAUAUAGGGUGUGAGAUCUCUUUGGACGAUGUUGCCGCCUCAGAAAUGGCACAGGCAUGGCCAAAUAUCGUGCUGAACAAAUUUCUGGAAACUCCUCUCCCUUCGUCGAUGUCCCCAAUCGGGCUCUUAUGCUUCCUCAAGCACUGUCCUAACCUAUUGGAACUAACGCUUGAAAUCGAGUUCUCCUUUAUUGAAUAA